AUGUCGACGACGUCUGCCUCCCGGCCCAGCGGCCCCACCCUUUUGAUUCCCUUUCCCAACUACCAAUCUGCCUCGCUCUCCCGUGUCAAGCUCUCCGUCGGCGGCUCGUCGGUCAAGUCCGUCAGCGUCUCAUCUCCCCCCUCCUCCCCCACUGCCAAGAUCCGUCGGUCCUGCAUGUGCUCCCCGACGAACCAUCCGGGCUCGUUCCGCUGCAGCCUCCAUAAGGAGCGCAAGCAAGAGGCCCCCGCCGCCGGCCGCAAGCCCGACUCACCGCCUUCGCCGCCGUCGAAGCGCACGGCGAGCCCGUUCGCGCAGCUUGUCCCCAGCGGCAGCGGCUGCUCUAGACGCUCAUACAGCGGGCUGGCGCAGCGCGUUCCCAUGGGGAGCGGGCACUGGGCGCGCAAGGCGCUCGUGCCGUCCCACGCGGUGCAGCAGCUGCAGCACCGGAAGCGAGUGGUGGAGCAGUUCCAUGCCGGGCCUAGCCGGCUCUCCGCCGCCUCCAUGGCCGGCCGUAGCAACCAGUAA